ACCACUGCCGCUUGGUUGCCAGGGAGGUGCGCCAAGUCACAAGGUGGAAACCUUUCCCAUUUAUUGAUUCAUAUCACGUUCUACGUUUAGGUUUGCAGUGCAGGAUUUUUUUUCUUUGGAUUUUUGACUAGUGCUCAGUUGAAACAUUGUAAAUACAGUGCAUGGCAAUCGGAACCCAAUGUGGUCGCGGAAGUGAUUUCGAGUUGAUCUCAUAAAAAGUUCCACGUGAAAUCGUGUCGGAAAAUCCUUACGGUGAAAAACACUCUCGCCCACAACGAUGCUGCCGAUGUUGGAGGUGGUGGCGCUGAAUCAUCUUUGUCACAAUCGACCACCGCAAGCCCGCCGGGAAUCCGCGGCAUUUCGGCCUCCGAUGGGCGAGGAAGGGCCAAUCUGAGCAAGCAAUUGGCCCGAGAAUUCCAGAACUUCCUCUCGCUCGAGUCCUGCGUCACGAUGGGAAAUUGCCUCAAAGGAUGCCUUUCGGAGGAGAACCAAGCACGGCUCAGCGCCAGUGAUAGCCAGUAUGAGAUGCUGGUUGAGGGAACAUUGCCGCGACAAGCGCAAAAACAGCAAUCAAAAGCAAAGGAAAAACCAAAACUCUUCAGCAAAUUUUGGAAAAGGAAAGACGUGGAGUACUCAAGACUGAACAAAUCAAAAAACAACAAUAAUUUUAUAGACCGCGGGAACAGUAGUAAUCAGCGUCGGAAAUCAGGAUCGGAAAUUCAACUGCAGUGCCUCGACGCCCACUCGCUGCUGCUGGUGUCGAAGGACGGGACGGCGCGCCGGAAUGGCUAUCACGACCUCAACACGGACAUGACGUCCACGCCGGGCAGCUCGCUGGACUUGGAGUGGGAGAACGACUACGCGAGCGGGUAUCAGGGGGGAGGACCGUGGACCUCAUCCGAGCCUCGGGACGACCCCCAACCGUUGCCCUACCCCAACCCGCUGGACCCGGUGUUCAAGGUCGAGGAGUGGUCCACGCUGAAGCGCAGCAAGGACCGCAUCAACUUUAUCCGCCGCACCGCCCUUCCGCGCACUCCCGAACAUCCUCUCCAGCACGGGGAGUCCUACUCCGGUGGCGGUGGCGGUCCUGGAACGCCCUCCUGCGCAUACGCCGGCUCGUACGCGUCCUCUUCACACAUAUCAACGCCGGAGGACUCGCUCGAGUGGGACGUCGACCAGGACCGGCAAGUUUGCCAAUCGGAGAACGAGUCGCUCGAUCUGGAGACGAAGGAGCUGCUGGCGGAAAUUGAACAGCUGAAGAACCGGGUGCUGAACGAGACUGGUGCUAACAUCAAGGAUCUCAAGUUUGACGAGUCGUCCAUCAGCUGAUUUGGCUUGGACCGAGCUGAACUUUGACACGUUGAGUGGAGGCAGAGACAGAGAUGGUGCUGAUCGAGAACAGAAAAUCAAACACAUAUAUAUUACUUUAUAUAGUCGGUUAGAUUAGACUUGUUGAAACACGUUUUAGGAAAAUUAAUAAAAGAGAUCAAAUUCCCAAAGUAACUAACCACUAAAUCAAUCGUGUCGGACAAUUUCGUAGAUCGACUAGUGCUUGGGAUGAACAGUUCAGAGCAUAAAAGAGAAUGUGUAAUUUUUAUAUUUAUUGUGACUUGUAUUUAUUCGCGUUUGUAAAACAAUUCUAAUAAAAGACAGUUUAAUCAAAUAUGGUUAAAAAAGACACAAUAAAAGCUAAGUUAACCUCUAUCGAAAUCAUUUUGUGUCACCGGAACAAAGACAGAGACAAAUUGCGUGAGGCAUUUAUUUUCUAAGUGAAUCGAUAGAUAAUGUAUAAACGAGCUGGGAAUCAUCACAAGAGGGCCACUGUAAAUGUAUCAUUCGCGCGAAAUAAGAAAACUAAUAAAUAACUGAGUUCCCGUUGAUUUUACAAGA